UGAUAUAUACAGCCCCUGACCAGGUCGAGCUCCACAGCUCUCCCCUGUGCUCUGUCUUUCCUUGCUGCUCUCAGGUCCCCUGCAGGCUUGAGCCCCUUUCAUCUAGUAAACACAUUCGAGAAGCCAAGGCACAGCCAUGGUGGAUGCGGAGAUGGCCGCGUUUGGGGCCGCCGCCCCCUUCCUGCGCAAGUCAGAGAAGGAGCGGCUGGAAGCCCAGACCCGACCUUUUGACCUCAAGAAAGAUGUUUAUGUGCCCGAUGACAAAGAGGAGUUCGUCAAGGCCAAAAUUUUGUCUCGAGAGGGUGGCAAAGUCACCGCUGAGACCGAGCAUGGCAAGACGGUGACCGUGAAGGAGGACCAGGUGAUGCAACAGAACCCGCCCAAGUUCGACAAGAUCGAGGACAUGGCCAUGCUGACCUUCCUGCAUGAGCCCGCCGUGCUCUACAACCUCAAGGAGCGCUACGCCUCUUGGAUGAUCUAUACCUACUCGGGCCUCUUCUGCGUCACCGUCAAUCCCUACAAGUGGCUGCCGGUGUACAACGCAGAGGUGGUGGCCGCCUACCGGGGCAAGAAG